GUAGCGGCAGAGAUGAUCUGCACCGCUGGCUCUGUGCGCGUCGCCGCGUUUUGCGUAUUUACAGCGACAGAUAUACAUUAAAAAUCGAGUCAUGUAGUCUGUAAUUGCAGUAGCGAAUAUCGAAGAAGGUGAAAUGACAGCAUUUCUAGAUUUCUGUUUGGAAGUGCACAGCGGCUCAUCUUGUUCUCGUUGAGGAAGGACACGGCUGCGCGUCGUCGUCAGGAAACUGUCCGGGAGAUGGACGGGAGGACUGCGGAAACCGGGAAUGACUGUAGGGCGAGCGAGGAAGCUGGCGCCGGCUUCUGCCUCCAGCUUGACCUGGGAGACACCGAUUCAGCCAAGAAGAUUCAGAUAACAGAGAUGCCGUCCCCAUUCGGAGUGGGCCUUGCUCAUGAGAAAAAAAUUGGUCACAGGAGGAUUGAUGCCUCUGGAGAAACAACGUACAAGAAGACCACCUCCUCUGCCUUGCAAGGGGCCAUCCAGCUGGGUAUUGGAUAUACUGUUGGCAACCUCAGCUCCAAGCCCGAGAGAGAUGUGCUGAUGCAAGACUUCUAUGUGGUGGAAAGCGUCUUCUUCCCCAGUGAAGGCUCUAACCUCACUCCAGCCCACCACUACCCAGACUUUAGGUUUAAAACCUACGCCCCUGUGGCCUUCCGCUACUUCCGUGAGCUGUUUGGAAUCCGACCAGAUGACUAUCUGUAUUCUCUGUGUAAUGAGCCGCUGAUCGAGCUGACAAAUCCAGGAGCUAGUGGCUCCAUUUUCUACGUAACCCGCGAUGAUGAGUUCAUCAUCAAAACUGUUCAACACAAAGAGGCAGAGUUUCUACAGAAGCUCCUUCCUGGAUAUUAUAUGAACUUGAACCAGAACCCCCGGACUUUGCUGCCAAAGUUUUUUGGCCUCUACUGCGUCCAGUGUGGGGGAAAGAACAUCCGAGUUGUUGUGAUGAACAAUAUUUUACCGCGCUCUGUACGCAUGCACCUCAAGUUUGAUCUAAAGGGCUCCACGUACAAGAGGCGUGCAUCCAAGAAGGAAAGAGAAAAGUCUAAACCCACUUUUAAAGACCUGGACUUUCUGAGUGACGUUCCUGAAGGCCUCACUCUGGACCAGGACACGUACAGCGCUUUGGUGAAAACUCUGCAGAGAGACUGUCUGGUUCUGGAAAGUUUUAAGAUUAUGGACUACAGUUUGCUGCUGGGGGUCCACAACAAGACCCAAGCAGAGCGAGAGCGUCAGUCUCAGGGCUCACCUGCAGGAGGCGGUGAUGAAAAAAGGCGUGCAGCUCAGAGAGCCUUGUACUCCACUGCCAUGGAGUCUAUACAGGGUAGCUCCACAUGCAGGGACACACUGGACCACGAUGACACUAUGGGUGGUAUUCCAGCUGUGAGUAGUAAAGGAGAGCACCUACUGCUGUUCAUUGGAAUCAUUGACAUCCUGCAGUCCUACAGAAUGAUCAAGAAACUGGAGCACUCUUGGAAGUCCCUCAUCCACGACGGGGACACAGUGUCAGUUCACAGACCUGGUUUCUAUGCUGAGAGGUUCUACAAAUUCUGUAGCAACAUUGUCUUCAGGAAGAGCUGCUCAUUGCGAUCAUCUCCAUCUAAGAGAGGACGAGGCGGGGCUCUGUCCAUGUCCAAGUCUAGUGCUGGAACAGGUUCUACUGGACAGCGUCCCUCGCUGACUGAUGAGAGGCAAGAAAACCAAGACAACAUGGAGAACCUUCGAGGAGCCCGCAGCUUCCCUGUGCUGGAGAACAACGUGAGAGAGCCACCCUGCACUCCUCCUUCCUUUGAAGAUGCUACCACAGCUUCUAUCGCAACCACGCUCUCCUCUAACAACUCCCUACCAACCACCCCCUUCGAUACACCAGAGCACCCACGCUACAGGAGACAAAUGCAUUCCCCGAGUCUGACCAGGUCACAGAAGGUUGAGAUUCAUGGGGAAAAGCAGGACACCAUAACAGUGGAGGUGGAGCUCAGUAAAGUCCCAAAGAGCACGGAGCUCACACAGUUGACAGAAAUGACCUCCCCGAGCCAGCUGUCACCUGAUCAUCAGCCCCAUGUCAUCGCUUCAUCCACCCCUCCGGCUAUUAACCCAUCUCUGGCACAUCCCUCUUCCACUCUUCCUCCUUCCUUUGUGUCUUCUUCCUCCUCCUCUGUUCAGUCAGCUGGCCAGUCCUCCCCCACACUCACUUCAUCCAUCCGUCCAUCCACCAAACCUCUCACCUCGCCUACAGCAGCUCAGUCUUCCACUCCUUCUUCACCAGUCUGUCGUCCAGCUCGAAACAUCUCCACCCUCCCUCCCGCCUCAGCCUUUACUCCCAUCUGCUCUGCAUCUCCUCAGUCCUCCUCCUCUCACCACCUCCCCUCGACCCCUCCAUCGUCCCAACCUCCAAGCCCCCAGGUGCCUCAGCAGGCACCACGUGCGUCUUGCAAUCAGCUGUCUGUGUCCAGCAGCCACAACUCAUUGGAUGGGGAGGUGGCGGUGUCUGACAUCUACUUUUAUGCAGAUGGCAGAUAUUGGGUGUACUCUCCAGUUCUUGGCCGUCGUAAGCUAAACUCUAGCUCAAGUUACAAUCAGAAUCAAGAGGAUCGGGGCUGGGUGUACUCUCCUCUGCACUACGGCUCAGAGUCCAGAAGGGCCUCAGAUGGGGAGAGUGAGACAUAACUCACAGCGGAGACAGCAGUGACGGGUGGAGCCAGAAGCUGUCUCCAUAUACAGAAGCUGUGUGUUUUCAUAAUAAAGCCUCCAGGACAUUAUGAGAAUUCUCGCUGGUUGCCCAAACUGCAUGUGGAAGCUUGCUUUGCCAACGGAGACUAAAAGAAUGAACUUAUAGAAGCAUUUAAAUAUACAACGAUACAAUCAUGCAUACAGUAACAUGAUAUACCAUCAUAUAUCAUAGAUAUACAACCACCAAAAUAUUAUGCAAAAAAAAAAAGAAGAAAGAAAAACCUAAAGCAUUGUUUCCUGGACAAUCUGACCGGCGUCAUGCAGAGAAAUAAACUCAAAUCAACAAUCAGCUGAGUGGCACUGUGAAGGAUUUUGGUGGCUGUUAAGUCAGGUAUCAUUGCAGUGCUGCUGCUGCCUGCUGUGUUUAGGUUUUUAGUGUUCACAAGUCACACUGCACUGUGUCAGCUCUGGCUAUGCAAUAUGCACAUAAACAUUAUCGAUUUCUCUUUUUGACUAAUGCUUUGACUUCAGAGUUUAUUCAUGCAUUUAUUUUUCACUAGUGGCACGUCAAAGCUGUAUAUAAUUUGAUUUUUAGCACUUUAUCAAUGUACAUGUGGCUGCAGUCUCACGAGAUCGUCUAUGUUUUGUUAUUUUGUCAUCAGUUAAUGUUUUGUGUGCUGUGUAUGCACGAGUGUUCGGUUUUUCCAGCAGUGUGUGUUGGUCCACUUAAGAAACGUUGAUCUGACAAUGAAUGGUUGUGUUCAAAAUGCCUUACUGACAAACUCAUUUUCAUAACUGUUUUUGAUAUUUCAGUCACAUGUAAUCAUUUCACACACACACACACACAAAA